AUUUUUCAUUAAGAUUUUUGAUUUCGUACGGCUCGGGUUUUUGGUCGGGGAAAUUCUAGGAAAGUGGUUUUGCGAUUACGAAAAAAAUUUCAUUUAAUGUGCGUAUUUUUUAAUUAAAGAAUGAAAUUCGAGAACUGUUUUAUAUUACAAAAAUUAAUUCAAUAAAAGCAAUGCGCUAAACGUAUAGCUUUGCAUGUGUAUUUUCAAGUGAAUAUAACAAACGUUGUAGAUACAAUUGGAGCAGAUCGAAUCGAGAAAAAGAAGCAAAAAAGAAUAAAAGAUAAAUUCUGAGUUUGCGAUAUGCGCAUACUACCUACUAGCCUCGUGUAUGUGACGGAAUUUAAUUAGAAGGAAGUAAAUUAUUGCGAUUUUAUAACUGCUUCGCCAUGUUUGUCACGGCUUAGAUAAGAAUGGGAAGAAGACCUGCAAAACAGCUAUAGUUGUACAAAAUUCUUUGAAUUACCUGUUUACUAAAAUCGAUUGAAUGCAAUACAUUGCGGGUAUUAUGUAGGCGUACACGUCGUAAAGGAUUUAUAUAUGGGCUUAAAUGUGAUUUUGUUUGAAAAGUUGUAAAUUUCUUUGUUGAGGAUAUUUUAUGCAUAUAUUUUUUGAGUCUUUUUGAAAACAGUUAUUUUAUGUAAUAUAUAUAGUAUAUUUAGUUCAACUGUGUUCACUGAGUGGGAGUUGUUGUCCACAAUUUUUUUUUAUAAAGUUAUAUACAUUUUUUUUGUAAUGAGCAAAAGCACUAGUACUAUAUACAUAUAUACAUAUUAUGUUUUAUAAAAAUGUAAGUGAUUUUUCUAAGAACUUGCCAGUUUUCUGUGAUGAGAGUGAUCCAAAUAUUUUGAUCCGAGUAAAUAAAGUUUUGUUGUGUCCUACACUAAUAUAUUGAGGAAAUAUUUAUACAGCGGCAAGGAUUAAAAUAUUUGGUUCUACUAGCCGAAACUAUUCAUCCUAGAGCUAUAACUACAACAGCAGGACUCUAUCUACCAUACCAUUACCAUAUACUAUAUAUCUAUACCGGAACGAUUUAGAUGGUGGCUUGGUGAUGCUGUUAUGUUGUAGCUAUACGAUCUAAUACAUUUUAGGAUCGGAUAAUGGAAAUUAUCUUGAAAUGCAUGCUGUGAACCAAAAAAAAUUAUUUAUCAAUUCGACAAUUUUCGAAAAUUUACUGAAAAGAUUUCUCAUAUAACUUUAAGGAAUGCUGUAGAGUUGACAGUCCUUGGUUGGAUAAAGAUUCAGGUCUAUCUAUCGAUCCGAAUAUAGUGGGAACGAACUUAUCUAAAUAGUCUACCAUUAAAGCUCCGCCUCCCAAAUGAUUCCGAAACAAAGUUGUGUAAGAAUUAUUUAUCUUAGUACAUAUGUACUAUAUUUAAGCACACGUGUCUAUACUGUUCUAUCCAACAAUUGUAAAUGUAGCUUUGAAGUUAAAUUUAACUAAGAGCAAAAAUAAACUUGGCAACUUUUGAAAUGAACGCCGAAAGCAUUCACUGUAUCGUUUAGAGGGUGGUUGGAGCACCCGCUUUGCUACACUUGCAGUGGGGGUAGUGAAUCGCCUCAUAGGUGUAUAGAAAUAUAUAUUUGUAUGUGUGCGUGUGAGUAGGCGAAUGUAAUGGCAAAAACGAAAUGAGAAAAAGAUUGAUUUUUCCUGUGCUACGUUGCACCAUUGAACGUCUCUGUUUGUGUGGAAAUAUCAACACUGAGCGGUGACGACGUCGACCGAGUACUGCUCGACUGCGACAACGAUGACUACGAUAAGCCAGGCGAAAACUUACAAUGCUGCCUCAGAGCGCACGGUCGGAAAAAUUGAAAAUCAGUUCGGGUGAAAAUUUUAGAGAAAUAACGUCACAGCUACGCAAGUACGCCAAAAUUGAAGAAGAAGAAUGUGAAAAUUUUCAUUUUCUACAAAAUUAUAUGAAGAAAAAAUGCAAGUUUGCAAAAGAAAUAUAACGGGAUUAUUACAUAAUAUACGGUAAUCACUUUAUAUGGAAAACAACUUGCGCCGGAAAUUGAAUCAAAAUCGAAAUUCGUUAAAUUUUCAAUGUAUUAUUUCAAUUUUAACAAAGGAGCUGAGCAGAGAAAAGUUUCGAGUUUUUUCACAUUGAAAAAUUUAAAAAUGAAACUUUAAUUUUCAACCUAAAUAAAUAUUAAAAAAUAUAAAUACAAUUUGUGAAUUUAAUUUUGCACUACUGGAAGCGAAUUGUAUGGUGUAGAAUAGAUUUUCUAAACGCGUAUCCAUUGUUUUUUUUUAGCAAAAAAAAAAGAAAACAAUUUUAAAUGUAUAAGUUUAAUAACCAUUUAAGUGAGUACUAAAAUUUCACGCUAAUGAGAUAAAUUUGCUUGAAAUAGGCGAAACUGAAAAAAAAAAACAACCGAAAACUUAGAAUCUAUAAAAAAUCGGGUUUGCAAUGCAAAAUAUAUAGCUACGUUUGUUGGCUUUUUAAUACCGACGACUUUUAAAGCAUUAAAUCAGCGCCUUAGGGAGGAGUUAAAGUGUUUAGCAGCAGCAAUUCGACGGUACCGCAUAAGCAGUUUUAAGGCUCUGUUGCAAUAAUUUCAAGUAGUGUUGGUGGAGGCAGCAUACUUGCCACUUUCCCACAGUCGUGCCGAACAGCACACCCGGAAAUGAAGCUAGCAACAACAUCCUGCGUCAUUUAAUUGUUGUCGUCGCAGCCCGCAGUAGUCGUCAUCGUCACUGUUCUCAUCGUGUUUACCGUUAUUAACGUCAGUGCUUCUGCUAAAAUUCACCUGGACGGAUUACUCGAAGCAGUGUUCGCAUUGACACACGUAUAUAUUGAAAUAAAUAGUUUUACUAUUGAAGCAUUGGCGCACUUUGUAAAAACAAAUUCGAACGCUCGGCCGUGUACUAGCGCGUAUUUGUGUAUCUUCUAACUAAAUAGCAGUGGCAGGUGGGGCAUCUUGAGUAGCAGCAACAGCAGCCAGAAAAAGCACAACCACCGUCGGAACGCACGAGAGAGCAACGUGUGGGCAUUUUAAAUAGUCGACCGGCGCUAUUGAAGUAGAACGCAUUCGGUGCAGUUGAUGUAUUUCACUUCGCGUGCGUAUAGUAUGUUGGCAACAGAUUUAUUUUUUGUGUUAAAUUAGAGUUGCGUAAAGUUUGUACCGUUUCAAAGAAAUUGAAACUCAGCUGAUUUGCGCACCGUUAUUACCAGUGCAGACGGUCAGUUAAAGUUGGCAGUUUGAAGAGUAAAUAAAUUUAGCAUAACUAGAAAAGUACGAAAUAUCAUUAGAAGGUGUUAGUGUUGAGGAAGCAAAUUAAUUGCGUUGCAAAAACAGACAACUGUUAUUCAAUCUAAAGCGACGAGUUAAUUCAUGCUCUCUUGAUUGUAUCGUCGACACCGCUACAAACUGCAACAACGACGACGAGUUUAACAGCAGACACUUCGUCAAGUAUCGUGACGAUCGGCUAACAGCAGCAGACGCUUGGGAACGCGCACACACAUAAAAUGGAUUCACUUAAAAUUCCAAAAGGUGGAAAUAGCAAUGCGGCAGGUGGCGCCGGCGGCAAACCCACUGGCAGCGUACCAAUCACCGUGCGAUUUAAUGCCGGCGAUGAAUGUAUUGAUGAUAUCUUUCAGUCAUUUCACAAUAGCAACAAUAGUGGCGGCGGUGGUGCGGGCAUUGUUGCCGGCGGCAAUGGCAGUGUGGGUGGCAGUGCUGGUGGUGGUGGUGGUCCGAACGCCGGCGGUGGGGAUUCCCUGUCGAGCAGCCCAUCGCAACAUCAUCAGCUGCAGGCACAACAAAAUGUGGAUGAUGUAAACACAAGGAAUAAUUUUCUGCAAGGCAAUUUCUUCAAUCGUAAAAGAUCGGGCAGCAUCGAAAGCGUUAGUCCAACUAGUUCGGGACCAAAUUUAAUAGCAGCGCUCGCAGGCAGCGAUACACCAACGGUUGGUACUUGGAAAUUAAUUAAGGGUAAAGUUUCACAGACAUUUGAGGAUAUUAAAUCGUCGAAAACUACCACACAGGUAUUAUCGGCGUCCGUCCCGAAAGUUGAGAGCCCACGACAAUAUUUUCCACAGCAAAUAAACGAUCCAGACUCGGAUACCGAAAAUCCGACCACACACUCUUCCAUCAGUGAUGAUUUGCUAUUCGAUUUAGAGCGUAAAUCGCCGCAUUUUAAAGGUGGUGACUCAGAUUCCUCCGCCGACGGCGAACCCCUGCCUGAAGGUGAGGUGGAACGUUCCAGAUUGCGUCGCGGUCUAGCCAAUCUCAAGUCGAAAGUAAAAUCUAAAACGCAACAUACACACCAUCACUCUCACCAAUCGCAUUCACCAUCACAACAACAGCCUGGUCUCGCAACAGCAGCACUCUCAUCGGCUACAAUUUCCACUGCAUUCGGAACAGCUGCUAUCAAGCCAAUGAAGAAGGAACCCGCUGGUCCUUCACCUGUGUCCUCAAACACCUCACUGCGUGAUGCAUUAAUGCGUCGACGACGUCCUUCGCCAACGGAGCAAGCCGAACGUGCAGUCGCCGUGCAAUCCGCCGAAAGUCAGCCGACAGUGACGGAAAAAAAGACGAGCUCGAAAAUUAAGAAACGCGGCAUAAUUGCUGGUAAGAAGGAGGUGGAAAUCGAGUCGGGUGUUGAAAUGAUGGAAGAUACUUUGCCAACAUUACCAAAGGAUGCUGCUGAGAGUGCCGAAGAGCCAAAAACUUCUUCACGCAAUCGUUACGAUUUGCACUUACAUUUCGAUAAGAAUAGCACAAACAAAGCGACACCCCCACAAACGGAAGGUUUACCAGCCGAUGCGAAGACUAUUAAGCACCAAAGUGAUUUGGAAACUUUGAGACAUGCCGCAGAGAUAUUACAAAGAGAAAGUGAUCGUGAACGCGCGCAGCAUUUACAACCAAAGAAAAAAUUCGCAGCUACUAUGCCCAUAAGUCGCUUGGCCGUGCUCAUUGUAGUGCUGCUCUUGCCAGUUCAUGGUUUUAUACGUGGUGUACUUGCCUGUCUGAUGAGUUUCGCCAUUGCCGAUUCGCUAAGUGUAUUGGCACGAUCGAUUAUUUAUAAAUUCUUUCAACAUCAUCCCGAAGGCACCGAUUUCGAGAUACCAGACUAUACGAAAAUGCCUAUUUGUGAAGUGCCGGCAGUGGAGGAGCACAAAACAAUUAAAUCCUAUGCCGGUUGGAUGAAUGAGAUUUUCAGCUAUGAUCCCUUAACCUAUCACAUUACACAAACCAAUUCGGUUUAUCUACGUCUCGACGGUACCUACCUACGCGUUUCAACUACAACAGCACGCAUACCGAAGCGAAUUAUGUGGAACGAACCGCCCAUCGACAUAAAGCACGUACACUUCACCAGCCAUCGUGUGUUCAAUUUGCUUGGUUGCAAUGUUGAACUUUUGCCAUUGGGAUUGGCGCGCAAGAGGUACUUCAAUCGCAAGUAUCCGAUACAGCUGAUUAUUAAAAAUGGCGCCGAAGAGGAGACUCAGCAAGAGCCCUCGGAAAAUCAAUCAACUCAAUUAUCUGCACGAGGUAGUAAGUCCGAUUUGACGUCGAUGGAUAGUAGAAUGUCACAAGUUUCCAGCGAUAUUUUGGAACAGUUUGGCGAAUCGAAAGAUAAAGUGACCACCAAUCUGCAGGAUAUAGAUUUCGCCGCUACUGUUAUGAAUGCCGAUUUACAACAAUUGCAAGACAACACACUAAAUAACGAUAGUCUCAUACCAUGCGGCGACGAGGUGCGUUUGAUACUGUUUGCGCGCGGCGAUCGUGAGAAAGAGGAUUGGUAUCGCCGUUUUGUGGCCGCCAGCGAGGGGGACGUGCACGAUCAAAUGUUGCGCCUGCCAAAUCUGAAAUUCGUAGAUGAUGCUGAAUUGCAGCGCGCGGCGGCAAAGGCGGCACAAAUGCCUUUGGAUCCUCGCGAUAAUGCGACACCUGAAAAUGAGAAUCAUGCAGAAGCGGAAUCGCAUGUAUUACCGCCGGAUAUGGCGCCACCGUUGAUGGUUGAGGGUGGUAAGCUGACGAAAGGUGAAACAUUCAAAGACAUUCCAGACGACAUGGAAGUGGUGCCUUCGCCGACUGAUGCCUUCGAAGGUCUACUCAUGAGCUCGUGUGCUGCACGCAAUCCACCAGAUUAUAUACGUUUUAUGGCUAUAUAUCAGAGCGCUUGCAAAGAUCCCAAAAUACCAGUGCAAUUAAAACAAAAAACUUUGGAUAAAAGUGAAAAAACACGUCGCUCCAAACGCAAUGCUAAAGAUUUGUGGAAAGGUAUUGAUCAGUCGUUGUUCUUGGGUCCCUCUGGCAGCGUUGUUUGGGCUAAUGUGUUAAUUGGACGUGUACUCUAUAGUUGUUUACAUGACAAUAUGGUUAAAGAUAAGAUUAAAGAAUUACUACAGAAAAAGAUCAGCGCCAUAAAGCUUCCAUCCUUCAUUGAAGAUGUGGUUAUCACCAAAAUUAAUCUCGGCGACACACCGCCGCUCAUUCACCGCGUCUCACAACCUAUGCUGGAUGAGCGUGGCACUUGGGUAGACGCCGACAUUACAUAUGAGGGCCUGCUACAGUUAACCGUUACAACCAAACUGAAUUUGAUGCGUAUUAAACAACAAAAACGGCCCAUAGAUCCGCUCAAUAUAACUGUGCCGAAUACGGUAAAUACCGGUCCGAAUGCGCCAAAUGUUACUAAUUUCACUGUCGUACCACCCAUUGUGAUUGCCGACGGUGAGGGAACUAGUAGAAGCAGCGCAAAUGCCAGAUCAUUCGGGGAUGACACUAACAACGCUGAUGAAGUCUCGAGCAAUGUUAUAUUUGACAGCGAUGCAGAGAGUACUGGUGAUUCAGAUACCGAUCCAGAGAGUUUGAAUGCACCCACAGCGGCAGGAACCACACCGAAUAUUGGCACAUCAUCGACAACGGCAGGACAAGGCUCACAAGCCGAUGGUGGCUCAGCUGCUGGAACAGAUUAUCACUUCAUUCCCACGGCUCCAGGCAAUGCGCGUCGUAUUUUUCGCAUAGUAGAUCGCAUUGCCGCUUCGAAUUUCUUUCAAUAUGCCACCGAUUUGCCAGUGGUACAACGCGCCAUUGAGAAUAUGAACACGAAUAUAACGUUGCGUGUGGAUCUGCGGGGUCUGGUUGGACGUGGCGUCAUUAACAUUCCACCACCGCCAUCCGAUCGCAUAUGGCUGUCCUUUCGUGGUCCACCACGCCUUUGGCUAUCAGCAAAACCGGCGUUGGGUGAAAAAUCUGUCGACUACAGCAUUGUGACCAGCAUAAUUGAGAGUAAAUUGUGCGAAGUGGUGAAUAAGUUUUUGGUUUAUCCCAACAUGGUCGAUGUCACCAUACCGUUUCUGGGUCAACCAACCUAUGAGUAUUUGCGUGGUGAAAAAACCAGCAAGAAAACUACUGAAUAGAUGUUGGCUUACAAAACCAACUGGUUGCACAUAAAGUAUUUUAUUAUGCGGCUGAUUGCAUAUCUUUUUACAGCAACAAUAAUUGUGUAAAAUUUUUUUUAUUAAAAAUGUCGUGUUAAACAUUUCUCCAACUAUUUUUUUUUUUUACUUUUUAUACAUUCUCGGAGUUAUAUACCGUUACUUAUAUAUUCGUACAAGCAAAUAGCAUCUUUGUCGUGAUAAACAAUUUCCAAAUAAACUAUAAAAUAUUUACAUAUUUAUUUAUAAGCUGCAAUUCCAUAAACUUUACAUUACAAACAUUCAUUUAUUAUAUAACUGAAUUAAAAUUCACAAGUUAUAGAAGAUUUAUAUAAUUAAUGUUUAUAUUGAACACAAAGUAGUUAGUAAUAACAAAUCUCGGUUUUUUGAAUUUAUGUAUUUUAUGUAUACUAUAUAAGCCGUUAUUCCAUGAAUUCUACAUUUCAUAAUUUAGUUAAAUAUAUUAUAUUAUAUAAGAAUUGUUUUUAUUUUUUUGUAAUUUUUUAUAUGUGGUGAAUAGUGGUUAUUAACAAAUAGAACACGGUUGCUUGUGGAAAGCUAAAAUAAUUGAGAAGUUUAGAAAUUUCUGCGUUUUAAAUUAUAUUUAAGGCUUCUAUGCACAUAUAUGUACAUAUAUAAAUUACAUAUAUAUAAUUCUAAAAAAUUACCAAUAAUUGUUUGGCCUUCUUUUUCCAUAAGCAAUCGCCUUUAGAAUUAAAUAUUAAAUACAAAAUAUUUAUCUUUAGUUUAAUAAACUAAAUAAGCUCAAUCUAAUUUUAACUAUUUAUUAAAAUUUAAGUGAAAAAAAGGACAAAAACAUGAAAUUAUCCCACAUAUAGGAAAUGCUUUCCGUAAUACAUAAUAUAAAUUUGUGCAAAAUAUUUGUUUUUAUACCCUGAACAGAGUAUACAAGUAUAUAGUUUGUGUUUGUAACAUUCAGAAAGAAACGGCGGAGACCCUAUAAAAUAUACACGUGUAUAUAAAUUCUCAAUGCGAAGAGCUGUGUCGAUUUUGCCAUGUCCGUUGCCUGUCUGUAUGGCCGGGUAGUGCUUUAGUUUUUGAGAUAUCAUAUAAAAUUUUGCACACCUCGUUUUCUUUCCAAGAAGCUGUUCGCUUGUUGGAACCACCGAUAUCGAACAACUAUAGCACAUCAGUGUCGUACAAACUGAACGAUCGGAAUAAAUGUCUUGUAUGGAAAAUUUUUUAUUUCACAAGAUAUCUGCACGAAAUUUGGCAUGCAUUAUUAUCCAAAACAACGGUGUAAUCUCCGAAGAAAUUAUUCAGAUAGGACCACUAUAGUAUAUAGCUGUCAUAUAAGAUCAUUUUUAUCGUUCCAAAUUAAGUUUUUGUAUUUAUAACUUUCUUGUUUGACUUAACGAAAUUUGGCAUAUUGUUCAAGGCAACAGUAUAAUAACCGAAUCAAUUAUUCAGAUCGGAACGCUAUAGCAUAUAGCUGCCAUGAAGAUUAACCGUUCAAAAUCAAGCUUUUGUUUGGAAAACUUUUUAAUUUGUAAAGGGUUUUAAAGCUUUGGUGCAACCGAAGUUAACGUUCUUUCAUAUUUUAUACUGCACAAGUUCGAUCCAUCGUGCUCAACUGGUAUUUGAAUUUUUUUUAUGAAAGUCACAGGGUUAUUAUUUAAAACCAUAACUCUUCUAUUUUUUUUAUACAUUUCUUUACUAAUUUGAAUUAUUUUGUUAAAUACUUGGUAAACUUAAAGAUAUUCUGCAAAAUUAUGGCGCAAUACUGUUAAUAUCGAGUCCCGCUUGAAAAAUUCUAAAUUGUGACAGAAUAUUAUUAAAUUCAUUAUCAACGGCAGUCAAGGACUCGUUCCACAGUUGUAUUUUCUUAAACUGUCAGUUUUAUAUUGAUAGCAAAUAAAUCAGGUAUGACGUGGCGUAUGAGUUAUGUGUGAAAAAUUAUAAAUUGACUAGUACGAUAGGAAAAUGAUAGAAUCCAAAUUACGAUUUCUUUAAAAAAUAAAAUCCUAUAAGCUAACGAUAAAUAGUUAGCAAUCGCUUUUGCGAAAUAAUUUACAAUUUAAUAAAUAUUUUUGUGGGGCAACGUUCCUAGAAUAAACAGGCUGUCGAGCCAUUUUUAAUUUUGUAUGCAUAUUUUUAUGCACAGAAUUCAGGCAGGUAUUUUUUGAUUAAUUUUUUUUCUUUAUACCUGUUUUCUACUUAAAACAUUUUCUAUUUUUCCAAUAUGUGUAACUUCAUAGAAAAAAGUUGUAGAGCUAUAAAUGUACAGAUAUAUAAUAACCGCUACUAUAUAAUUUUGAAUGAGUGCUCGAUUACGUUCGUAUUUGCUACAAAAAUGCUGCUGACACUCAAAUAUAUGUGCAAAAUGUUCAAAAGCAAAAGUAUUUAAAUUAAAAAUUAAAAAAAAGUGAUUUUAGAAAUGUAUUUUGACACUAAAAGCAACUCUGGAAGGAUCGCUUUGAAAUAAUAUUUGAUAUAGACAAGUCGUCCAAGUCAUAAAUAUAUUAUUUCAAUUAUAUUUUGCAUAAAAAAUUAUAAUUUAUGUUUAUAUAUAAGGUAUUAAAAGCGAGAACGGUAACUUAGCGAAUAUUAUUUUUGUAAUAAGAUGGAAAAAACGCUAUUGUUGCGUUAAAAUUUAGUUAUUAUUUAUAUUAAUUGUUUCAAUAAAACGUAUACUUAUUUACAAAAAUGUACAAAAUUCCAGUAAUUUUCUUAAACGAUACCUAUCAUACUAUUUGAAAAAUAUAAUUACUUAUAAUUCAAAAUAUAAUUUGUAAUCAAAUGUACUUAUAUCUUCCUAUAAGUAUUUAAUGUAUUGCUUUCGAACCGAUUUAAACAUAUCUCAUAUUCCAGGGAACUGAAUACUUUAUGCUUUAAAUGGGUUUAAAAUCGAAACAGAAUAUUUACAUAUAUAUUCGUACAAAAUUGGGUGGCGAUUAUUUCCCAUGUUGAUUAUUUUUUGUAAACACCACUGAAGGUUUCAGUUUUUGACCUGAAAAACAAAAUUAUCCAACGUAAACAAGCUCUUUAUUUUUAAUAUUUACUUUUCCCAUGUACGAGUAUUUAAUAUUGUAUUUUUUAAUACUUUGCAUUAGGUGUGCCCCUCUUAGUGUGACAGUGGGAAUUAAAAAAAAUGUACUAUAUGGAUUGUUUUGGAAGUUUCAGGGUAUAUUUAUACAUGUUUCAAGAAUACACAGUGACAUUUUUGGAAAGAAUUAAACUUUUUUUGAGUUAUACGAGAUCUCCGACGGCGCUAAAAAAAGGUCUUCCACUGCAGCAGUGAUUCCGGCCUUCGCCGUAGAUGAAAUGUAAAAAUAAAAAAAAUUCUCGCUAAACUAGAAGACAAUGACCUACGAUCACUAUACGAAAGUAGAAUUUUACCCCAAAUUUUCGUAAUUUUUGGCCUGACAAAAAACCGAUGUAGUAAGUUUGAAAAAUUAUGUACAGAACAGGCAAAAAAAUUUCACGAUGAUCGAAUCAUUUGUAUUCGAGUUAUCACUGCAGAAAAAUGUUGUUUCGAGGUCCACACGUUUAAUAAUAAACUGGUAGACCAGAUUGAGCUGAGCGGCUACCCCUAAAGGCUGUAACUCAAAAACUAUUUCAGAUAUUUUAAUAUGUUAUUUUUAAGGUUUCGAAAUAUGAAAAAAACUCAAUUUUUUUUCGAAAUUUCACACUAGGCCCCUUAAACAAGUAGACCCAUGUAAAUCUACAAUUUUGAAAACAUGAUAUUCUAAUACAAAAUAUAGCGCUGUACAAAAAAGGUCUUAUUAGUUUUUUCCAUAAAAACAUUCCUUUAAAAGUUCCACGCAGUUAUAGUUAUGGAUAAUAUAUACUGAACAUUCAUGCAAGUGCCUAAUAAAUUCUGUGUUGCUCAUACGACAUGGUGUACUGAAUGAAUGCUGAGUCAACUGAUGUACAAUAUAACUUUAAGUGGCGUUAUUUUAUUUGAAGGCGUUAUUUUAUUGUAAAAGUUAUGCAGACAUUUUUUGUAGAGCGAAAGAUUAUGUAUUAGAAUAUCGUUUAUUAAAAUUUUUAGGUUUACUUGUAAAAUACGAUUUAGGCAGGUGGCUAAAUGAGCUCAGCCUCCCGCCCUAAUGCAGUCAACCACACCGCACAACACACCACUCACACGACAACACAACACACCACUUACAGGACAACACUGGCACACCACACCUGGAAACACCCACACACCACGCACCAAAGCAACCUUACUGGAAGCAGCAGCAUACACCCACACACAAUAACUCUACACACCAACAUUAACAAAAGGAGGGAGGGCGAUCGCGCCGACCCUUUUUUUUCGAUCGAAAGCGCUAAACCGAGAAGUCGCAGUUGAAGUUCCGCCUUUUCUCCACGGUCGUAGAUCCCGAUUAUCUUUUAACAACUUAUAAAGUGAAAUUGUAAUUUUUUGAUUUUGAUUGUUAUAAAUAUAAUUAUCUUUAUAAAUACAUGAUAUUGUAAAUUGCGUAAAACGUUUGCGAUAGAAAUAAAUUGUGUAAUAAUUUUCUAAACUUUUACAAAGACGGGAGCGUUUAGUGGAACGAAAAGGUGAGGAAAAGUUACAAAAGUGAACAUGGUCCUUCGAGCCGGAUAGAAAGGCACUAUCGAUGUAUAUAAAAAAAAAAAAAAAU